UAUUAUUUUCUUUUACUCGAGACUUUUGUCGACCACUUGCAGCCGUGGACUGCGGCUGCCUCUCCUGUGCUGAUUAGAGAGAGGGGGAGAGAGAGAGAGAGAGAGUUCCACGGUGACGCCACUCCAGCCAGAUUCCGCUCUCUACCGUCGUCCCGUCCUCUCCUAGAUGGCCCAGCGCCGCCUCGCCGUCCUCUCUUCCCACCUCCUCCAAACCGACCCUGUACUCCCAUCAGCCACGCACCGGCGGGCGGGGUCCGUCGAACCUUUGGAUCUCGCCUCCACUUCAUCCUGCUGCGCUGGCGGAGGCGACGCUGGACGGGAUGAGGAGAAGGGAUGCGUCUUUUGUAGGAUCAUCCGUGAUGAAUCCCCCGCAUUCAAGCUUUAUGAAGAUGAUGUAUGCAUCUGUAUUUUGGACUCUAACCCAUUGAUUUUGGGGCACUCGCUUAUCAUCCCAAAGUCACAUUUUCCUUCACUGGAAGCGACUCCACCUCCUGUUGUAGCAGCCAUGUGUUCCAAGAUACCAUUUCUCAGCAGUUGUAUAAUGAAAGCUACUCGAUGUGAUUCAUUCAAUUUAUUGGUCAACAAUGGAUCAGCGGCAGGGCAAGUAAUAUUUCAUACUCAUCUUCACAUAAUUCCUCGAAAAGCAGGAGACGAACUAUGGCGUUCUGAGAGUUGUAGAAGGCACCCCAUCGAAUCAAACCAGGAAAUCGACCAUCUCGUGAAUUCAAUCAGGCAUCUGGUUUCUUCUUCUUCUUCUUCUUCCCAGCAAUAGCUGCCGAUCUAAUACACGGAUCGUCCCAAAGAUUCUGCAAGAUUAGGGAUCCCAACUUGAAGAUUAGAUGCUUGGGAGGUCCUCCAGCAUGGGAUGGUAGAUAAAGAAGAGUGUUUCCAAACAAGCAUUUGAACAUGGAGUUGAUUUCAUUACCAUCACAGUGCGUCCAACACACUCCCUUCCCAUCCUCCACCUGAUCUCAAUGAAGGCUGCUCAGAGUCUGCAAGCGGUCGAUGGCGUCGAGCUCGCGAGCAGGCGCUUCUUCUUACGGCGGCGGCGGCAGCGGCAGCGGGGUGCAGGCACUUGCAGUCGACGCAGACCCAGGCCACCAUGUUCUCCCUCGAACCGUGCUACUCCUUUGAGCUCCUCAGGGCAUCAGCUUCGAGCUGUAUGUAGGUCAACGCUGCAAGUCCUGGUUCGACGACCAGGCGUUCGUGCUCUCGCUUAAGAUCCAUGGAGGCGGGCCAAGUGCAAGCUCGGGAGCGUGGAUGACACAUUCAUCCUCGUACAGCUACACCAUUGACUCCCUUUGAACUCGUUCGAGUGGGUGAGCGAGCAUUCAUGAGCAGUUGGUGCCCACAAGACAACAGCCUGUGGUGUGAUGUGACUUCUACAGCUCCACCAGCAGCAACCACUACAAUAAAUUAAGGCAUUUAAGAUCACAGUUACGGUUGCAUGUUUGCUGUCACCUACCUACAGAAGAUGAGCCUCGGGACUUGGCAUCGAAGCUUUUCUGUAGAGCCUACGAGGUUUGAUUGCAACAAUGGGAUCUCAGGUUCAAUGGGAAUUGAAUUUGAUCGGGUGUGGCAUUGGGCGAUUAUGAGAGCCUUCCUGCAGCAAACGCUCAGGCAUUUCCAGAUGCUAAUGCUAUCCUUUCUUCCUCAAACAGAUAAGAAGAGACAGGACUUCUGCUCAUGCCAAAUAUCAUCGACAUCUUCGCUUCAUCAAAUCACUGAUACAAGCAAGUUCCCCAGGUCUUCCUGAUCUGCCUGCCGAGAAAUCUUUGCAGUCCAAAGAAGACCAUCAUCACAUCCAUCCAUUGACAGUACCUUCUUCCACCGCACCCAUUCUCCCUCUGGCUGUUGAAGAACAUGGCAGCAACAGGAUCCCCGAGGUUGUAGACUGCUGCAAAGUCUCUUGUGCUGAAGUUUUGCCUCCAUCCCGGUGCAUAGAUUGUUUGCCGGACGGAUUGCCGGAACAGCACAAACACAAAGCGAUGGAUUCCAGAGAUGGGUCGGGGACUCUCAUAGGUGGAAGACGAAUCAAACUCGAAACAUCAAAUUAAUGGAUUUUCUUUUUCAACUGUGAUUUGGACAAAAUCCGAACACAAAAUCUUUCGCGUUUGUGUUCGAUGAUAAUAGAUUGAGGCAUGAUGUUAGUAGAAUAUUACCCUCUUAUUUGGAUUUA